CAUGGCUUCCUCUUCCCUCAUCACCACCCUCUCUCUCCUCCUCCUCCUCCCACUCUCCCACGCCACCAUGAUCCUCACAGUCGUCAACAACUGUCCCUUCACCGUCUGGCCCGCCAUCCAACCCAACGCCGGCCACCCCGUCCUCGAACGCGGCGGAUUUGCUCUCAACGCCCGCACCCACCGCUCCUUCCCAGCACCAACCACCCACUGGUCCGGCCGCAUAUGGGCCCGUACAGGCUGCAUCCACCGCAGCGGCCGUUUCACCUGCGCCACCGGCGACUGCGGUGGUAAACUCGAGUGCAACGGUCUCGGCGGCGCAACACCCGCCACCUUAGCUCAGUUCACACUCCACCACGGCCACAACGACCAGUCCUCCUACUCCGUCAGCCUCGUCGACGGCUUCAACGUCCCCAUGACCGUCACCCCCCACGAAGGCAAAGGCACGUGUCCGGUAGUCGGUUGUAAAGCGGAUCUGCUCGCCACCUGCCCAUGGUCGCUGCAGAAACACUCCGACGGCCGCGUGGUGGCCUGCAAAAGCGGCUGCGAAGCCUUUAACACCGACGAGUUCUGCUGCCGUGGACAUUUCAACAGUGCGCAAACGUGUAAACUGUCAAAGUGGUCGGCUUUCUUCAAACACGCAUGUCCGGCGACUUUUGCGUACGCCCACGACAGUCCGUCGCUAAUGCACGAGUGUUCGUCGCCAAAAGAGCUGAAAGUAAUCUUCUGCCAUUAAUGGCGAUUAGGGUUUAUGAAGAAACUGAAUAAAAAAUUGUAGAAGAUGGGGUUGCGUGUUUUAGAUGUAGUUGUUGUCUGUGUAAUGUUAGUACUCGGAGUUGGAACUGUAAUGAAUGUUAUUUAUGGGAAUCUUUCUGUUCCUAUUA